CCCACUGUGCCCCACCCCGCUUCUACCUGUCUGUCGUCUUUCACUGACGAGCUGUCGUAUAAUGAGAAAAAUAUUGGAUAUUUACAGAAAUACUGUUGUUUUUAUGUAAAAACCGCAAAACUGUCUUUAAAUUAUGGAUAAAUGUGGAAUAUGCUUAAAUUCCGCAGACCAAUUAUUUGAGACAGGCAAAGAUGGUGUGUAUGCUUGUUUCAAAUGUCAACCCUUGGUCCCCGAAGUUACUAUAGAUGACAACAACCAAGAAGACACUGAAGACCAGUUACAGCCAUCUCUGAAAGAUGAAUUGCAGGAGUCCGAGAGUGGGCUGUACUGUGAGAUCUGCAACAAAUAUUUUAACAAGAGCAUGCAGUUGCAGAACCACAUGCGCAACCACCGCGCCGAGCGCCGCUUCGUCUGCACCUACUGCAAUAAAGCCUUUUCUCAGUCGAACAAUUUGCGCGCGCAUCUUCGUAUUCACACCAACGAGCGACCAUAUAAAUGUCAAGAGUGUGGAAAAGCUUUUACACAGGUCACAAAUUUAAAUAAUCAUGUACGUCUUCAUACUGGUGAGAGGCCAUUUGUAUGUCCGGAGCCUGGUUGUGAUAAAGCAUAUGCACAGGUAACAAAUCUAAACCAACAUCGUAAGAGGCAUAUAAGCGGGCGACCUAUGGAGCCCAACUAUGACUGUACUGUUUGCGGCGAACGAUUCUCUCAAAGAAAUCACAUGUAUAUGCACAGACGAGAGGCACACUACAUCAAGAGUCCCGGCACGCGCGCCAGCAGUCAGCGGCACACGUGCAAGCUGUGCUCCGCGUCGCUACCCAGCGAGAAGAGCCUGCAGGAGCACGUGGCGCAGCACUCCGUCAAACUGAAGCCGCAGCCGGAGGAACACAAGUGGGGCGUGUCGUGCGUGUUCUCGUCGUGCGGCGUGCGGCUGUCGUCGCCGCGCGAGCACACCGAGCACCUGCUGCGCGCGCACCAGCUGCGCGUGCUCGCCAACACGCACGCCCAGCACCCGCCGCGGCGCGGGCGCCCGCCUAAGAUUUUAAAAGAUCCCCUAGAUGUCUCUGAUCACCAGGAAUAUGAAGAGGUAAAAAUAGUUAAAGAAGAACCACAAUAUGUGCCCAAGUUGAAAGUGCAGAGCUUGUUUCAUUGAUAAAAGCUAUAUAUAAUGCAGACAUUCAAUGAGAGUAACAAUUAAAAUUAAAAAAAAUAAUUUCCAUUAUUUCACAGUUUUAGUAACAAAAUAAUGAACCACUGUAAUAUGUAUGUACUUAUUGGAUAUCUAUUCGAUAAUAAUAAUAAUAAUUAAUUGAGUAUUAAAGUGUGUUUCAAGAAAAUUCAAGAGAUCUAUAGAUAGAUAUAGAUAGUUAACUUUAAGUGAUAAGUAUAAAUAUUAUAAGUGCAAUUUACUUUUAAAUAUUAUUGAUAAGUUGUAAAGAAAGAAAUUAUUAUAUAUACCUAUUAUACAUUUAUAAUAAUAGUUAAAUAAGAAACUGGCAAUAAAAUAUAUUAUCGUUUAACAAGACCUUAAGGAUUUAUAAAUGUUUAUUUUUCUGAUAUUUUAACCAUCACAGAGUGCAAAAGACAGUAAUAUUUUCCUAUUGAAUUUAAUAAAUUAUUUAUGAGUUUACAAAAUAUUGUGUUAUAAAAUUUUAUUGUUGGGAUUCUGUUAUCAAUCAUCAUGUAAUCAUCUCAGUCUAACCAUUCCUUAGGUAUCAGUCUCGCUAUAGUAACUGUGUAUCGACCGAGUCGUCUGACAAAUAAUCUUUCAGGCGAUACAUUUGAUAACGCGCGAAAAAUAACUUAAAUACAAGUCUCAAAGAAGUCCCCAUUUAUGGUCAACACAUGAUCGAAAAAGAGAACAAUAUUUAUGCUAUGUCUUGCUUUGUUAUGGGGCGAAAAAGGAACCACAAAAGAGAUAAAUACCUAUGUUAUGUGUUUCGUUGCUAUGGGGCGAAAGAGGAAACGCAAAAGAGAGCAAUACCUAUGUUAUGUGUUUCGUUGCUAUGGGGCGAAAGAGGAAACGCAAAAGAGAGCAAUACCUAUGUUAUGUGUUUCGUUGCUAUGGGGCGAAAGAGGAAACGCAAAAGAGAGCAAUACCUAUGUUAUGUGUUUCGUUGCUAUGGGGCGAAAGAGGAAACGCAAAAGAGAGCAAUACCUAUGUUAUGUGUUUCGUUGCUAUGGGGCGAAAGAGGAAACGCAAAAGAGAGCAAUACCUAUGUUAUGUGUUUCGUUGCUAUGGGGCGAAAGAGGAAACGCAAAAGAGAGCAAUACCUAUGUUAUGUGUUUCGUUGCUAUGGGGCGAAAGAGGAAACGCAAAAGAGAGCAAUACCUAUGUUAUGUGUUUCGUUGCUAUGGGGCGAAAGAGGAAACGCAAAAGAGAGCAAUACUUAUGCUAUGGCUUUCGUUGUUACGGAGUGAAUGAGGAAACACAAAAGAGAGCAACACUUAUGCUAUGUCUUUCGUUGUUAUGGGCCGAAAGCUGAAACGCAAAAGAUCUACUUAUGCUAUGUCUUUCGUUGCUAUGUGACAAAAGAGGAAACGCAAAAGAGAGUAAUAUGUAUGUUGUCUUUCGUUGUUAUGAUGCGAAAGAGGAAACGCAAAAGAGAGUAAUAUUUAUGCUAUGUCUUUCGUUGUUAAGGGGGAGUGAUACUGGCGUAGUACCUAGGAUGUGUUGAUGCCAGGUAUAAAAAUACAUUUGAUGAUGAUACAUUGCCCACGUUAUGAUAUAUGUAUAUUGUAUAUCCCUAUUACAGAGUAGGUUACUGUUAAAAUUAGGCUAUUUUUAAUGAUUUGAGCUGGACUCCGAAACUAUCUUGACACCGUUUUUUAAAGGUAUGUAUAAUUGUAUUUAAAAUCGGUCAGAUAUGUUGUGAUCUAAAAUAUAUCACAAGAAAAUUGUUAUUAAUGUGAUCAUUAAGGUUUCUAUGAUAAGGUAUAGAAUUUAGUCUGCUUGAAAAUGUAUGGUCUCGGAAAAGUAUUAUUUAUUAUUUUAAAGAUAGUUUCUAUGUUUGGUUCGAACUGAUGUAAAUUGUUGUUAUUUAUAUAACAAAACCCGUCACUCAGUGGUAUUAUGUUGUAUAUUUUUUUAAUGUAUGUAUAUUGUAUAUAUAUCAUUUUUAGCAACACACAGUUGCAGCGAUGCCUUAAUGUAAUAUUACGGCAUAAGCCUACAUUAUCAUCAUCGAUAAGACGAUGUCCUUAAUUCUAGAAUUUGGGCCAAUUAAAACUUAAAAAUAGCAUUUCUGCAUUUAUGUUGUACAAUUGAAGUUUUUAAUAAAAUAAAUAAUUAAAAAAAGUUAUUGUGUGACACAGGAUGUUAAGACAUAAGUCCUUUGUUUUUUAGCCAUUUGCAAAAUUUUACCUGUUUAUUUACAGAUAUAUUAUCUCUUUCGUACUUAAUGUACAAAUAUAAUAUUUUUAUGUCACGUACCUACCUAUUAUAUCGCCUGCAUAUCUAAGAUAGUUUAGAUAUUUUAUUAUAUUCGAUUCUCGAAGUUAAUGUACAGGAUGUACCGUAAUUUAUGGAUCAAACGCAAGUUUGAGAAUAACCACCUAUUUAUCUAAAACUAAUGAUUACUUUUGAAAAUCAUAUGUUCUUGAUAUUAUAUUACAUUUUUAUUUUUAAAAUUUUUCUACAUUGAAUUAGGUUUAAUGCUGUAGCUACUGUAAUUAAGAUUUUAAUGAUCUGAUUUUUGUUGAAUAUUACCUACGUAUAAAUCCGAAAAAAAUGCAACUUGGUCACACUCCGGGUUUUUUCAUGAGAUAAUUAGGUGGUGUAUCUCUGCUGUAUCCGCUUGCGUUUGAUCUAUUAAUUAUGGGACAUUUUGUAUACACUUGAUAUUUUCUCAAUUUAAUUUUUAAACUAUAUAUAAUAACGUAUUUAAGUGAUGAAAUGAAAAGCUUGUUUUUAAUAUAAAAAGCAUGAUAGUAACAGUAAUAGCCAUCUUGAAUCAUAAUAUGUGACAUAGAACUUUAGAGGAAUGAGGCGGCCUUAAAGCUAAGUUAGGCGAUGAGAAUUUCUCAAAUGCUAGUAAAAGAUUCUUCCUGCCUAUGUUUUUUCGGCCCUAUACGUAUAUAUCACUGCAUUUUUUUAUUAAUUAAAGGAACUGCUGUACUUUUCAUUCAGUUCACAAGUUAACAACACAGAAAUGCGCUUCUCCUGUCACCUUACCUACAACCAGUGAAGGGCCUGUAGCAAUUUGGCAUGUCGAUCUUCUUUCUACGAUUGCGAACGCUUCAAAAAUUAAUUAAUAUAUGAGAAUUACUCGUAUACAGGUCACGUGAUCAAGUUAUCGAUCGAAACUGUCAUUUUCAUGGAUCUUUCCAGUUAAGCGUUAGCGUUUGUAGAAAGAGAACCGAUGUGCCACAUGGCAGACCCGAAACCUCGUCAUAAAAUAGAAUCUAUACCUAGAAACUAUCUGUAGCAUUCGAGAAAUUAGCCUUGAGUUACCGCCGUAUCAUUCCUCUGAAGUGUUGUUUUUGUCACUAGUUCAGACAAACCUUUUUGGACUAACAGCCUAUGAAUGUCAGACCUUUCUUAUUUUAUAAAAGCUUCUUUUUCUUAUUCUGUAAAUUUGUCAGCUCAUGUUUCUAACAUAGGUAAGUACAGUUGGCGAUUUACGGAAUUUGCACUAUGGUCAGCAAUAGUUGCUAUACGGUUGCUAACGGUUAUCUUUUUUAUUAAAACCUGCUACCGAAGCCUGAUGAUCAGAGCAUCACAGUUGCUUCGUACUUACUUAAGGUAGAAGCGUGGGCUGACAAACUUCCAACUUUUACAAUGAGGCAGUUCUGGCAAUGACAGGCUGCCGUUGUGUAUGUACACGUAAUGAUAGCAGGCUUGUAGCUAUAUUAGUAUAAGGUGCAAAUGUUCCUAUGAGUGUCAGAGUAUCGGUUUAGUUAUUGGAUGGAUAUGAAGCGUUGUAAGUAGUUGUAUAGACGACAAUUUCAAUAUUUCUAGCCUUGUUAAGCGGAGUGUGUGGCGGAGAUUUUUCUAUUAACAUACACUUAUCUUAAUAAUAAAAUAUACAAUUUUCAAUUAA